CUACCUGGUCCGCCAGGUCCGCCGGGUCCGCCCGGUCCUCCGGGACCCCCUGGCCCCCCAGGUCCCCCGGGUCCUCCUGGGCCUCCUGGACCAUUAGGGCCUCCAGGACCACCAGGACCUCCUGGUCCACCAGGAGUACCAGGGGAAUUGGUCGGUUUGGUUGGUUUGGUUGGCACACCAGGUUUAGCAGUUGUUGGUCCACCAGGACCCCCGGGUCCACCCGGGCCGCUUGGUCCGCCUGGUCCUCCGGGUCCUCCAGGUCCCCCUGGUCCUCCGGGAGAACCGGGUGCAUUUUUCGUUGGUGUCGUUGGUCUGGGAGGUACACCUGGUUUUGGUGUUGUUGGACCACCGGGGCCUCCAGGCCCUCCUGGACCACUUGGUCCACCUGUGUUUGUAAGCAAUGAACGAUCAUGAGAUCUUUUAAUCAUAAAUUAGACUAGACAUUAAGUGACCUCUAAACUUCUACCGUUGCUUAAUAAUAUUAAACUAAAUUCCCUAAUAUAUUUCUACGACCAUGUAAUCUUCAAAUUCUUCUUUCGUUUGACAAGACACCCCUUCUAAGUCAAUUUUUUCAAAUCUUUUUUUUAAAGCUGCGUCUGAAAAACUUGAGAGAGCUUUCGAUUGAUUGUUGUUUUCAGCCUAAGACCUUUCCUAGCGAACUAUAAAUGAGGUUUAAAAACAGAGUGCCUAUGUUACUCACCCUAAAACAUGGGGAGACGCUAGCCAUGACAAGCCAAGAAAACGAUCUAACAAUGCUCAAUGUAGGUUCGUUACUGUACGCCCGUUAAAAUUGUAUUACUGCUCAACGAUUCUUGUGUAUGUCAUUAAACUUUGUAUUCUUUUGACUUUACUUCAGAAAGAUGAUCUUUUCAGUUGUACGCAUUUCACAUAUUCCAAAUCUACUUAAUUAGGCAGCACUACACAAUCCCAUUAUCUUUUCACGGCCAGCCCUAUUUGGCGUGCAAUUCAAACAAAUUCACAAACCUGGUCCGCCAGGACCAUUUGGACCACCAGGCCCUCUAGGAGCACCUGGACCCCCCGGACUUCCUGGCUUGCGAGUUGUCGGCUUCUUUGUGGGCACUCCUGGCGCGGGCGUUUUGGGACCCCCUGGUCCACCAGGGCCACCCGGACCUCCUGGUCCUCCUGCUCCCCCUGGGCCUCCCGGACCACCAGGACCGCCGGGUGUACCU